UUGCUCUCAAAGUAUGACACAGUUCUGUCAGAUGAGAGAGAGCAUUGUAGGCGACAGAAAUUUUCUGUAGAAGUGUGUGCUUUAAGAGGAGUGUUUAAAGAACCUCUGUCAGCAGCAUUGGCCUGGUGGUAAUAGCUGACUCCAGAAGUGACAUCGCACAGAAAACACCUUUCUUGCAUAGCUCCUUGGCUUCUGGAGGCGUUUCUCAGGAGUGGUGUACCAUACCAUGCCAUGUUGUGUUGCCUCCAUCCAGUAUUGCCUCCUCUGUUCAUGUGUUUGAACUCAUUAGGCAGGGAGGCGAGGCUGGACCCGUUUCAUAUUAACGUGGCAGACAGACCAGGGAAAUCUGAGCACAUGCGUAAGUGGUAAUGGAAAUCUGUCCAUCAGUCCUGACUCAAAGGCCAUUCUUAGUGUUGGAAAGUCCAGUAGCUGGUCAGUGAAAAAAUGCAUAAGAGAAAAAUCAAGAUGGAGGCGUAUUAAUUUGUGGCUGGUGCAGGUUACCCUAGAUUUUUGUUAGAGGAGAACAACUUUUAGACAAAUUAAAUCAGCCUUGUCUGGCAGUCAUGGGACUGUAGGAGACUUCAGUCAUGAGAAGGCCGGGAUCUGCCCCAGAGAUGUCUUUCCGCUUGGGCUGUGCUCUGAACUGAGGCUCUGGUUCAGACAGGUACCUCAGGUAACUCCCAGUGGAGCCAGCAGGAGGACCUCUGAAGGUUUCCCAGGCCAGCUGCCCACUCCAAAUUGGAGCCAUUUGUUGGAGGGCAGUCACUGACACUUAAUGGUCACUUUCAGUUGUGUUCCUCUGAACAAGGCAUCCAAAGGUGAUAUGGCUGCCCUAGCACAGGAGUAACACUAGCAAGUCUUUAGGACCUUUAUUGGGAGGGUUUGAGACUCCGCUGCACCUCCACAGCUAAGCAGAUUUGGAGCUUGUUAGAGCUUCCCUCUGCCUGGGUAGGUCUGGUAGGUCUUUCACUUCUCUGCAUGCAGAUGAGAUUUUUGUCCUCUACCUAGCCAUGAAGUUGUAGUUACAUUGUCUUUUAAGACCUGUCUGCACCUGGUUUAUUCAGUUAGUGGUUUAAAAAUUAGUAGGAGUGAGUACAGAUGGCCACACAGAGACAUGAAAACUUCAUGAUUUAUUUACAGCUAAUUUCCAGAAGAAACCUCGCUACUGAAUGGCUGUUCUCUGUUUUGUGCUUUUUCCAAGGAGAAAGCGGAAGUUGUGUUGUUAAGUCGUGUGAUGUGGCCAUAUCUCAGUACAGAAAUUUAUUUUCUCCCUUCUUCUGACAAAUCCAAAUUAAAGUUUUUGCUGUUCUGACAUAAGAUCACCUGGAUGGUGCUGCAGUCAGUGAAAUGCAUCCACUUUGACAGGAACUUCACAUGCAGACUUAGUUAGUGCUUGAUGCUUAAACUCUGACUUGUCAAGCGGGUGUCCUGGCUAAUGACAGUGAUGCGCUGUGAUUUUUGUGUUUAUUUCCCUGAAGGUUAUCACUGAACUGGGCAAUUCAGAGAAUAAGGUGGCAGUAAUCUCCAGUUUACACAGUGGCCCAUUAAAGCCUGUGGAGAUACACGCUUUUCAGUUUAAGAAGCAGGAAUUUCCCAGCAGCUUCAAGACAGAGUCUGAUGUAAAUCACUAUCCCAUCCUGCUCUGGUGGUCUCCCCUGACUGGAGAGACAGGGAGACUGGGUCAGUGCGGACAGGAUGUUUGCUUCUUUACUAUCAACAAGACCUACCAGCACAAUCAGAUGACGAGAGCGUUUCUGUUCUAUGGUACUGACUUCAGGAUAGACAGCCUACCUCUCCCUCGUAGAGACUAUCAUGACUGGGCCCUUUUCCAUGAAGAGUCACCAAAAAACAACUACAAACUCUUCCAUGAACCGACCAUCACCUUAUUCAACCACACUGCAACCUUUAGCCGCCAUUCUCACCUACCGCUGACCACUCAGUACCUUGAGGGUGUAGAGGUCCUGAAGUCGUUGAGGUACAUGAUCCCACUGCAGAUGAAGAACAACCUGAGGAAGAGGCUUGCACCACUUGUAUAUGUGCAGUCUGACUGCAACCCUCCUUCUGAUCGGGACAGCUAUGUGCGUGAGCUGAUGUGCCACAUUGAAGUAGACUCUUACGGGGAAUGUCUGCGUAACAGAGACCUUCCUCAACAUCUCAGAAAUCCAACUGCCAUGGAUGAUCGGAACUUCUAUAAAAUACUGGCACAGUACAAGUUCAUUCUUGCUUUUGAAAAUGCUGUCUGUGAAGAUUACAUCACCGAAAAACUCUGGCGGCCGCUGAAGUUGGGAGUGGUGCCAGUGUACUUUGGGUCUCCCAGCAUUGUAGACUGGCUUCCUAGUAACAAGAGUGCAAUCCUGGUAUCCAGUUUUUCACACCCGCGGGAACUGGCCCACUAUAUCAAAAUGCUGGAUACAAACGAUCAAGAAUAUGAGUCCUACCUACGAUGGAAACUGAAAGGGGACAUUUCCAACUCAAGACUGCUUACAGCGAUGAAGGAACGAAAGUGGGGAGUGCAAGAUAUCACCCAGGACAACUACAUUGACACCUUUGAGUGCAUGGUGUGUAACAGAGUGUGGGAAAACAUCAGAAGGAAAGAAAAGGGACAGCUGCCUCAGAGAUGGAAGGCUCAGGUUAACCAUCUGAGCUGCCCCAAACCAGAGGCGUUCUGGUUCUCAUCUUCAAACCCUGGCUGGACUUCUCUCCAAGACAUGUGGAUACCAAGCUUUGAGCAAUCCAAGAAAGAAGCCUGGGCGCUGAGGCACCUGGUGGAAAGGAACAGGAAUUUUACAGCUCAAGAAUUUUGGAUGCUUGUUUUCCAGGAAUAAACACAAUGACCUGUAAAUCA